UGGAAUUAACUAACGUUUUUGUUUAAUGUGCAAUAAUUAAAUUCCAAGAUGUUUCAUUAAACACGAUCAUAAUCAAUGAUUGUCUCAUGUGUUCUAAGUUCCUUUCGGUAAAUGUUAGUACGCAACGAACAACUACUAUAUCAACACCAGCCAGAACAACAAUUACCACAUUAACAUAUCCAAGAACAACUUACAGAUCAAUAACUUCUAUGUCACCAGCUACCAGAACAACAACAUCUACGUCACCAACUACCAGAACAAUGACUUCUACGUCACCAGCUACCAGUACAAAGACUUCCAAAGGACAAACUCUCAGAACAACAGCUACCAUGUCACCAGUUUUCAUAACAACGUCAACAACUCGAAGAGCAACAACUAGCUAUUUAAUGAUUAUGGACACGGCCAACACUCAAGUAGCAACUAGCACGUAUACACCUGCUGCUCCUCAGGACAAACCGUCCGUUACAGGCCAAAGAAACUCCGACCGAAUACCUAUCAUAGCGGCCUUAUCUUCCGUCCUGGUAGUGACAGUUGCUGCCAUAUCUGUUAUUGUUUUGAUUUCUAUACGUCGGCGUAAAAGCGAUAGAAAACCUUCAGAUGGAUUAGAAUAUAUCACAAACAAUACUGCAUAUGGUACGACUACGACAUCUCCUGAGAUUCCUGAUCCAACGCCUGGACUAGACGGUGUCGAGUAUGAUGACAUAUCCUGUGAAACUGCAGCCCAACCGGAAAUCAAGGCAGAUGAGGCUCACUCCUAUUGCUAUGCUGCCUAUGAAAAUGUUAAACAUCCUUAUGCUCCUGAUCGCCGAAGCGCUUUGAUUUCCUCCGAUGUUAGGAAAGGAAAUGCAACAAGGAGACAGACAUGAGCUAGCACAACCAGCCUUGACCCAACAGCAGGCGGAACAAGAACAACUGUAGAAGUUACGAAAAAAGACUAUUUACGAUUAUUUGCAGGUUGAAAAAAGUAUUGUUGCGAAAACCGAACAUAGUGAAACGACAUCAGAUGGAACUCCCAACACUUUACAUGUAACGUUAAACAAACACAGUAGCAAUGGCGACUAUUUUGUCCUAGAUAAUGAUGGUCCAGAUGUUCAAAAACAGACUGAGGUUAACUUUGACGGUGAAGUUCACGAUGAGGCUGGAAUACAAACAGAUACAAAAGUUGGAGGUCACGGAGAGACUGGAGCAAAAUAUGGGAAUAACGUCUCGGGGACAAUGGAAGAGGAAACGGAUUACUAUGAUCAUGUGAAAAUAGGUCAUGUUCAAACUAAUGGCUUGGACGACGGAAUUUAUGAUCAAUUACGAAAACAACAUGUGCGAUUAGAAAUCGAAGAAGUAGACAAUGAUUACGAUCAUUGUUAGUAAGAUACUUUAUGACAACGAUCAUUGUUAGUGAGAUAUAUGUUAAGACUACCAUCAGUGUUAGUGAUAUAUGUUAUAACAAUCAUUGUUAGUGAUAUAUGUUAUAACAACAAUUAAUUGUUAGUGAGAUCUAUGUUAAGACUACCAUCAUUGUUAGUGAGAUAUACGUUA